AACGCCACCACCAUCACCCAAAAGCCACCGUCGGUGCCACUUAUCUAUCCCAAAAUAUUCAGACGUCUUCCUUCAGUUUACCAUUGAUUGCUUCAUCUUUCCCCUAGUGCGGCACUGGCUCAUCACUCUUUCUCAUAUUCCACCCUCCUUGCUAUCGCCGUCAUCUUGUUCUUCACGCAUAAGCUCGACCUGAAAGCUCCCACCAUGCCCCGCCGAGGAGCGCAAUCGCUGGCAGACGAAUCCGCCCCUACAAUCACCACAAAGCUUCCCGAGAAAGUCGCGUGGCCUUCGACAUUUACCGAUGGUCUCCCCCUCCCUCAGAUAAUGGUUUUUGACCUCGACUAUACGUUAUGGCCUUUCUGGGUGGACACACAUGUUACGCCGCCCAUCAAGGCUGUUGAAGGCGGGCAGAAGGUCAAGGAUCGAUAUGGUGAGGGUUACGGGUUUUACCCCGAAGUCGGCGGUGUUCUUGAUGCUUUGCGACAGAAGGGCAUCAAAGUCGGUGCAGCAUCGCGAACAUCUGCCCCAGAUCUCGCAAAUGAGAUGCUUCGCGCUCUCAAGAUACCAAGCUCGACCGCAUCAUCGCAGCGCGCAGUUGACUACUUCGAUAACCUGCAGAUCUAUCCCGGAAGCAAGACCACACAUUUCAAGCGCAUACAACGGGACAGCGGAAUAGAGUAUGAAGAAAUGCUAUUCUUCGACGACGAGAGUCGGAACAAGAACGUCGAGGGGCUGGGUGUCGUUAUGCAGCUAAUACGGGAUGGUGUUACAAGAGAUGAAAUAGAUGCUGGUGUGAGGAGUUGGAGGAAGAGGAACAACAGGAUACCAAACUAGAGGAGGCACGCACGCCACUUUAUUUACGACGAUUAGAUUUGUUUUUAGACUUCUAUAUACUUCAUUACCAUUCGGAGUUUCUCGAGUCCUAGCCACUUCUAACAAACUCCAAGUUACAAAACCUUGUGCCGCAGGCCGUCAUGAGAAAAUAUAUUGAUCCCGCCCUAUGGUAUUUC